AUGUAUAAUAGUACAGUACGCCAGAUACCAAGAUAUUUACCUCGAAUGAAAUAUUACGAUAUAGGGUUUAACCUAUCCGAUCCAAUGUUCCAAGGUGUAUACCAUGGUAAAAAAUAUCAUAAUCCUGAUAUAUCCAACAUUUUGUAUAGAGCCCAGGAGAGACACGUCAAAGUUACUUUAUUGACAGGUUCCUCAAUUGUAGAAUCAAAACAAGUAGUUGAAUUGAAGGAUAAUUUAAAGGAUACCUCUCCAGUGAAGUUAUAUUACACAAUUGGUGUACAUCCAUGUUGUGUAAAUGAAUUUGUAGAAAAUUUAGAGAGUAUAGAUUCAUCAAGUACAAUCGAUAACCCAUCAAAUGAUGAAAAUUAUAAUCAUGAACUUUAUGAAUCAUUGAAUAAAGAUACAAAAUUUGCCUCAAAGAAAUUGAAAGAAUUAUAUGAACUUAUGUCUACAAAAUUAAAUGAUCCAGAUUUACGAGCAAUUGGUGAAAUCGGUCUUGAUUAUGAUCGUUUCCAUUAUUCUUGUAAAGAAUUACAAUUAAUAUUUUUUGAAGAACAAUUGAAAUUAUGUUGUUUAUUAGAAAAUAAGGAAAUUCCUUUAUUUCUUCAUAUGAGAAACUGUUGUGAUGAUUUUAUUACUAUAUUAAAGAAAUUUAUUAAUGGAUUCCAUGAUAAUGAUGAUAAAUUCAAUUUAAAGGAUAUUAUUAGUAGUAAAGAACCGAUUCAUUAUAAAUUACCAUCUUCGAAAAAAUUUGUUGUACAUUCAUUUACUGAUUCACUCAGCGACUUAGAGAACUUACUUUCAUUGUCUCCAAACUGCUAUAUUGGAAUGAAUGGUGCUUCAUUUAGACUAGAAGAAAAUAUCGAAUCUGUUAAGAGAGUACCACUAGAUAGAUUACUUCUGGAGACAGAUGCUCCAUGGUGUGAAAUUAGACGAACUCACGAAGCUUCUAAAUAUUUAAAAGAUUAUCAACCAUUACCAUAUAAAUCUGUCAAGAGAGAUAAGUUAAGCAAAAUGGAGGAAGAUGAAUGGAAUAAUUAUAUGAUCAAAUCGAGGAAUGAACCUUGUACAAUGGAACAAGUCGCUACAGUUAUUGCUAACAUCAAAGGCCUUCCAUUAUCUGAGGUUGUUGAUCAAGUAUGGGAAACUAGUUGUUCUAUAUAUGGAGCAUAA